AUGAAGGCACAUUUGGCGCGAGAGUCAGGGCAAAUAACAGGAUGCCCCAACGUGCCUGAUGAAGUUCGAGUGAAAAUGAAAGAAAGCAUUGAUGAAUGCCAAGGCAAGAAAAGAAAAGCUGAACAAGAGUAUAAGGAAAGUAAUUCAAUUGAUGAGCACUCUAUGACACCCGAUGAAGAGGUUACAAUGCCACGACCACCACCUUCUAAAUCUCAAAAGGGGAAGGACACUGGUCGCGUAUCUGCUUUUUUUGUGCCUAGAACAACUCCAGGAGCUCAACCUACGCUGAAGAGUGUGUUGCAAAGUAAAGAAAUUGUGGAGAAGUGUGACCUUGCCAUUUCAAGAUGGAUGAUUGAUGCUUCUGUGCCAUUCAAUGCAGUUAAUUCUGCAUACUUUCAACCUAUGAUUGAUGCUGUUUGUGCCAUGGGUUCAGGGUAUAAAGCUCCAAACUUUCAUAGAGUUCGUGGUUUCUUGUUGAAUAAAUGGGUUGAUGACACAAAGAAACUUGUUGAGAGUUAUCGUGAAGUGUGGAAGCGAACUGGUUGCACUCUUAUGGCAGACGGGUGGACUGAUCGGUGUAGGAGGUCCCUCAUUAAUUUCUUGGUCUAUUGUCCUAAAGGCACUGUUUUUCUCAAAUCAGUUGAUGCUUCUCAGUAUGCAAAAACAGCUGAAAUACUUUUUAAGCUCUUUAAGGAAGUUAUUUUAUAUAUUGGCCCUGAAAAUGUUGUUCAAGUUGUGACAGAUAAUGUUGCAAACUAUGUUGCUGCUGGCAGGUUAUUAGAGGCUGAGUUUCCCAAGUUAUAUUGGUCUCCUUGUGCUGCACACUGUGUUAAUUUGAUGUUCCAAGACAUUGGGAAGCUAGAGGAAGUAGCAGAGACUGUGUCACAAGCUUCUAAUAUUACCAAGUACAUCUAUAAUCACUGCUUUGCAUUGAGCUUGAUGAGAAAGCAUACAAAUAAUAGGGAAAUUCUUCGUCCAGCCCCAACUCGCUUUGCUACUAAUUUUAUUGCAUUACAGAGUAUUUUGGCUCAAAUGGAAGCUUUAAGAGCCAUGGUGGUAGAUAAGGCAUGGACAACCUCAACCUAUGCUAGAGAUACCAAGGCAAAGAAAUUUGUGGAGCAAGUCUUAGAUUCUGGGUUUUGGAAGAAAUGUGCUGAUAUUGUGAAACUAACUGAGCCACUUAUUAAAUUGUUGCGUCUUGUUGACAGUGAAGAUAAACCUGCUAUGGGUUUUCUUUACCAAGCUUUUUACAAAACUAGAGAGGAGAUGGUGAAGAGGUUCCAAAGAAAUAAGAAGAAAGUGGAGCCUUACUUGAAAAUCAUAGAUAGUCGUUGGGAUUCUCAGCUUCGUAAGAAUCUUCAUGCUGCAGGUUAUUGGUUAAAUCCAGGUUGUCGGUUUAAUCGUGAUGAAUUUGAGAAGCAUGAGUCCACAAUAUCUGGCCUUUUAGAUGUCAUUGAUAGGUAUUCUUCUGGAGAUAUUGAGUUGAAUGAUAGGUUGACAAGUGAGAAGAGAUUAUUCAAAGAUGCUGAGUUAGAUUUUGACAGAAAAAGUGCUAUCCGUGAAAGGAGUAAAGUUAUGCCAGAUCAAUGGUGGGAAUCUUAUGGAUGUGGCACACCAAGUUUGCAAAAGAUGGCUAUCCGUAUUUUAAGUCAAACUUGUAGUGCUUCGGGCUGUGAAAGAAAUUGGAGUAUAUUUGAGCACAUUCAUUCCAAAAAAAGAAAUAGAUUAGAGCAUCACAAGCUGAAUGAUCUUGUCUAUGUUCGCUACAACUUGAGGUUACAACAAAGGAACCGGUUGAGGCAUCAAAGUUAUGAUCCCAUCAAUUUUGAAGUAAUUGAAGAUCAUUCUAAUUGGGUUAUGGAGGACUCACCGCCAUUCUUAACUGUUGAGGAAGUGGAUGCAUUGCGUAAUGACCUUGCCAACAUGACCAUCCAACCUAUUUCUAAUGAUACUGAUCUAAAUCUCAGCUUGUUUGAUGAUGAUGAUGAGGAUGCACAAGGUGCAAAUGGGAAUGAAAGUAAUGCUGGAGAAACUUUCAGUUUAUUUGAUGAUGAAGUGAUGCCUUCCUUGGAUGAAGCUUUGCCUCCCUUUCCUACUUGGACAUGA